AGAAUGCACAGACUGGCCAAAAGCGAAACUGUCGAGAUUUUGUUCAUCGCUGAUGAUGAUACCAAGCCGCGUGUGCUCUUUGAGAACUUCCCCAAGGCUGUGGCGAUGGCAUUCUCGAGCAAAUGGAGAAUGGAGUUCCUUGAGCACAAACCCUUUGGUUCUGGUUUCAUUCCGGCGAACAAGUCGAUCACGAUCAAGGGAGGGCACUUCGACACUUACCGGAAGAUCCUCCAUUGGAUGCUCUCAUGCUGCCAUGGCUACGGCAUCAUUCCAUGUCCUGACAGCAUGUUUCGGCGGUUCACUACAGCAUAUUUCAUCCGUAUGUGUGCGAACCACAUCUGCUGUGAUUACCUUGUCAAGGAGGCGACUGAUCGCAUGCAAUCCAUCGCGGACAGCCAGAUCCAUUGCGAUGAUGUUCGUGCACUGUGGCUCAGAACUCCACCGGAUCCUGAAAUGAAGGCAUUCCUCGUGGAUCAUGUGGCCACGCGACUCUGGUUGAAGUCAUUGAGGGUCAAGGCUAAUUAUUGGGUGUUGAGAGAGGAGCUUCCGGAUUUCAACGAGGCCAUCAAAGAGGCUCUGCAUGCGAAGGCAAUCGUAUACAAGGCACAGAAGGAGGCGAUGGCUGCAGCCAGGAUGGAGGCCGGUGCAAAGGGGGCCUAUUUCAUUGGUGGUCGUCGGCAAGAGGCCCGUCAAGCACAACAAGAGUUGACAGAGCAAGGAGCCACGGAUCGCCCACAGAAGAACGCGGGAGUACAGAAAGCGACCACUCAACCACAGCAAAAGGCCAUCACUCAACCACAUGACGGAACAAUCAUGUUGAACGCUGAAGUGGUCAGAAAGGGAAUCAACGGCCGUCCUUCGUAUGCGAAGUUGGAUCUUGCGAGCAUUGGCGUGACGAGGGAG